AUGAUUCAAACGAUCACUGUACUGGAAUGCCUUUGGUGUCUACUAUGGCCAGGCACCAGCCAGUUUUCAGGAUCUUGGUUAUCAUGGAGUAGAGGUGAGGCAUCAUGUUUGGCUGUAGAUUUGCACCUCGAGGCCUCCUUGAUCAUUUGGACCAAGAGCCACGCAUUCCGGCGGAGUGCGGAGUAUCGGGCGCUCUACGACCUGGAUCGAUGGAAGUUGGGGAAGGCUGACCAAAUCUGCCUGAGCUACAGCCAUGAUGAUGACUACGAGGAGUUGAUGCCCGAUGAGAUGAAAUUCCAAAUGCCUACUCACCUGGCUGAAGCCGCCGGCACGGCGAGUUCCACCGAUGCCAGCGGCGUUCCGAUCAAUCGAAAGCGACGGAGGGAGGACUCUGCCAAUGGCGCUGAGCCGAGCCGAGAGUAG